AUGGAGGGUACCCUUUCCGAAGGAGAAGAAAACAAACAAAGCAACAAAAACAGAAAGUAUAGAAAGGAAAAGCCAUGGGAUAAUGAAAAUAUUGAUCACUGGAAAGUGGAUAAGUUCAUUAGAGAAGAUAAUAAACAUCAUUUUUUAGAGGAGUCAAGUUUUAAGGUAUUAUUUCCCAAAUAUCGAGAAAAAUACUUACAACAAUUUAGCACAGAUAUAAAAAGUACAUUAAAUAAGCAUUUCAUAAAAUUCGAAAUAAACUUAGUGGAAGGAUAUAUGUGUGUUAGAACAACAAAAAAAACAUAUGAUCCAUAUAUUAUUAUUAAAGCAAGAGAUAUGGUUUCUCUUUUAUCUAGGAGUGUUCCAUUUAAUCAAGCAAAAAGAGUUUUAGAAGAUGAAACAUUUUGUGAUAUUAUAAAAAUUAAUGGUUAUAUAAGAAAUAAAAAUAAAUUUAUUAAAAGAAGACAGAGACUGUUAGGCAGUAAUGGGACUACACUAAAAGCGUUAGAGAUUUUAACCAAUUGUUAUAUUUGUGUUCAUGGUAAAACAGUUAGUCUCAUAGGGUAUUUCAAAUCGCUAAAAAUUGUUCGAAGGAUUGUUAUCGAUUGUAUGAAAAACAUACAUCCAGUUUAUCAUAUCAAAGAAUUAAUAGCAAAAAGAGAAUUAGAAAAAAAUAAUCAUUUUAAAAAUGAAAAUUGGGAAAAAUUUCUUCCAAAUUUUAAAAAAAGAAAUGUACAAAGGAAAAAAAUUAAACAAAAAUUAGACAAAAAAAAUGGUAAAAGGAAGUCAGUUUUCCCACCUGAUCAACUGCCCAGAAAAAUAGACAUCCAAAUGGAAACUGGUGAAUAUUUCCUCAAUCAGGAGAAGUGGAAAAAAGAGAAAAGGGAAAAAAAGAGUAAAAAGGAAAUAACGGAUAUAAUGGAUAAAACAAAGCAAGGCUCAAAGGCUUCUAGUUGA